CUUUCCGACAUCUACAUCUGUGAUUUAUAUAUAUUUCGUUUUUUUUAAUAAUGCAGUGUAGACUAUGUUUAAAAAACAGUAAAACAUUACACGACAUAAUUAAUUCGGAGUUUAAAUGUGAGGAAUUAACGUUACCCGAAUGUCUCUACUGGAUUUUUGGCGUAGAAGUAGACGUAAAUGAUCCUUAUUCAAAAUUUAUAUGUGACCGGUGCGAAAAUGUUGUACAGUAUGUUGGUUCUUAUAGAACAUUAUAUCGUAGGAAUCAGUUGAUCUUAGAGGGAAAAUUGGAUAACCAAAAUGAAUAUGAUAAAUGGAUGGACAAAAUGCAUUUAAAAAUCAUUGAGGAAAAUAAGCGAUUAAGGGAAUAUACUUCUGACGAAUCCGAGCUCAGUCCAGUUGCAAAGAGGAGAAGGCUUGAACUGAUAAAAUACUAUUAUAAGGUUCCCACCACUGCUAUAAGGGAAUUGAUGGGGUAUGAAAGCUUAAAAGACACAAAAAAUGAAGAUGGAUCGUUAAUUCAAGUAAACGAAACAGUUAAUGUUGAAGUAUGUAAUUACUGUAGUGAAAUAUUCACAACAAAACGACUUCUCAAUUGUCACUACAAAACCAAGCAUAAAUCAGUAGAGAAGGUGUUAAGAUUUAAACGUCUGAAAAAGAAACGUAAAAAUCUUUUCACAAAGAACCGACAGAAGGGGAAAACCAUAUUCCAUAAAACUGACACUUUUUCCAAAAAAAUGAUAAACAGAUACCCCUCACUCAGCAAACUGUUUAAAAAGGAUAAUCUUAGAAAGAACCUUUUAUUUGAUGUUAAGAACUUUCCAAAUUUAAAUUUUGUGAAACAACAAGACACAUGUGCUAAGAACAACUCUACGUUAGAAAUGGUCCAUAAAACAAAUGAUACUGAUUUCAUUAACCAGUCUAGUAGUAAUGAUUGUGAGGACAAUGAAAAAUGUGAAUAUAUAGAUAUUGAAAAUAUUAAUAACGAUAGUGGUGAUGAUGAUUUUACUGAACCUAAAACCAGAGAAGAAAUAAUAACUGUUAAAAUAGCUGAUAAAAACCUUUUUGUAAGUAAAGAAAACAGGGAAUAUAUAAAUCAGUUCAAAUGGCUAAACCUCAAGGAGUUCUAUAUUUCCUUGGAGAGAUGUUCAGUACCAAGAGAAUUUCAUGAAAACAAUCAGGCUAUCAAACAAAACAUACAGAACUCAAAUACUGACCAAGUAUUAAACACAAGCAAUGAUAAAAUUACAAAAAUUAAACAAAUUAAGGAAUGUGUAUCAUCAACAUCAGUCAAAUUGAGGGAGAAUAAAAUAGCAAAUGAAAAAAUAAUAAAAAAAACAAAUGUUUUAAAAAACAAAAUUACGCCAGAGAGCAAUGAUGGAAACGCAUUUGCUUAUGUAAGUGCUGAGAGCUUUUUCAACCUUGGAACUGAUUCUAUUGAAAGUAAUGAAUAUGUGGAUAUGAUGAACAGUGAUAAUGAAACUGUACUACAAACAUUAGACAAUUCUAGAAGAAAGAUAGGAUCUGAUUUAAUGAAUCAUAGUUUUAGUGGUGACCGUCUUUCGAGUAAAGAAAAUAUGCCAAAAAGCAUAAAAGAUCAAUAUCAAUCACUAAAUCUAAAAGAUUUAUAUAUAUCCAUUCUAAGGUGUGAUAUACCUGUAGAAUUUAAACCGGGUGUGAUUUUAGAAACCAGUCAUAUUGCUAAUAAACUUACAAAAAUGACGCACUGGAAUGUAGAUAUUUUAGAAACAUUAUUAAAAGUACAACGAAUUAAAUCAAUUCAUGUACCAAAUACGAAUAUUGAAAUCGAUUUUACUAACCGAAUGAAAAAUGAGAAUGAAACAACAGUACCAGCCUCACAGCAAAAUGUUACUUCAACUAAACUUAGUGAUAAACAAUCAGGAAACAGUACAAAUGAUGAAAUUCGAACUGUCAAAUUAAAUGAUAAUUGCAUUUUAGAGGAUCUUCAAUAUAAACAAUUAAACUUGAAAGAUUUUUAUAUUACUGUGAAGAGGUGCCCAGUUCCUGAAAAUUUUUAUUGGAACAGAAAGAUCCUGAAACAGAAACAGAAUAACUUACAAAUGAAGGUAAUAACCAAAGUUAAUAACAAUAAAAUGUUUGAUAAUAUUACUGAAAUAAGUAAGAAUUCUCAACCACCACAAAAGUGGAAAACAAAUUUAUUUGAUACUUUAUUUAAAGUAAAAGAGAUUAGUAAACAGUUCAAUGUGAAACAUAUGAAAUACAAUGAUGAAGAACCAGAACGUGAAGUAGGUAAUUUGCUGAACAAUAAACAAAAUCUUCUAUUAAAUCAAUCAGAAAGUAUGGUUAAAAAUAAGGGACCAGUGAAGAAAAGUUGUGAAAAAUCACUUAAUAAAGAGGUUUCCCAUGGUCAUAUCAACAAAGUGAAAUCAGUUGCUUCUGUAAAUAAGAGAAAGAGGCAAAGGAAAAAUAGAGCAAUAUGUGGUAUUAAUUGUAUAACAAACUUGGACAAAGCUGAUAGUGUGCCAAAUAUGCAAGAACUAACAGUUGUUAUUCCAAAAAUUGACACAAUUUUAAGAAGAAAAGAUUACAAUAUUGUUGACGAAAUAUUUAAACUAGCAACUACAAGUAAUGAAAAUGAAAAAUUAGAAAAUAUUCUGCAAGAAACAUCCCCCAUUGAAUCAAAAAAUGUUUUCCUGACGGUUUCAGAUUGUAUGCCUCAACUUGAAAAAGAAACAGAGUGUGGAAAAGGUUCACUACGAAAUAUUGCGGAUGAACCGCCUAAACUUGAAUUACAAAUACAGAAAUCUCCAUUAAUAAAAACAAUAAAUGUUCUAGGGAAAGUGUCAAAAAAAUCAACACGUUCCAGAAAAUGUAAAGAUUCUAAAUUUAUAGGAAACAAAAAAAGGAAAGCAAAAAUUAAAGCUAAAUCCCAUAAUAUCAAGAUAAUGAAGAAUAUUGUGGAUACAGAAGAAAAAUCAAUAAGUCUAAAAUCAAAACCGCGCACACUUCAAAAGAAGGUGCAAGAAAACAAAACGAUGACUGAUGAAAUGGGACAGAUUGCUGCCGAGGUGAAGCAACUAAUUAAUUCAUUAAAUUCAAUAGAUAUAAAAGAUGGCAGUGACAACGAUUGGAUCAACAAGGAAUUUAAUUUAUUUGAAGAAAUACCUAUUAACAGUUGGAAAGAAAGAAUCUUCAAGGAUAAUAUAUUAAGUGACCAAAAUCUUGACCAUGAAUUGUUAAUAAGGGAAGAGCCUCUUCUAAAUGAACCAAACUCUUUGAUUACAGAAAAAAUUAAUACUGGGGUGUAUGACGAAGACAGUAACAUAAUAAAACAGAAAAAUUUAGAUCAACAACAAAAGGAUGGCAAAAAUUCAAAGCCUUCUGAAAAAUAUAUAGGUAAUGCAUACCUAAUAACUAAAGACAUACAAAGUAUUUCUGCAAAUAAUAAUAAAAUAAAAGAGAAUGCACCACAUAACAUAUUAGAUAAAGAAAAGAAGGGUGACAAAAAGUCUAAACUUUCUGAAGAAGUUAUAGAGAAAGAUGCCUGCCUAAUAGCUAAAGUAGAAGGUCUUUCCGAAGAUGAUAAAAUAAAAGUCAAAAGUGCUCCACACAAUCUAAAUAAAGAAGAGAACAAUGACAAACAUUCUAAGCCUUGUGAAGAAGGUAUAGGGAAUGCUGCCUGCUUAACAUCUAAAGAUGUAGAAGGCAUUUCUGAAAGUGAUGAAAAUAGCAGAAAAGAGCAAAUGGUUUCACGUCAUACAGAGAAAGAAGGGAAGGAUAGCAACAAUUCUAAGCUUUCUGACAAAGAUAUCUUAGAUAAUGAUUCAUACCUAAUAGACAAAGACGUAGAUGGUAUUCCUGAUGAUAGUAAUGAUACUCUGGAUGCUAAUAAUAUUGAUCAAAAAAGAGUAUUGAAGAUCCGGAAGGGUGGGAUAUCAAAAAUUUUAUUCAAAUUAAAUCAUCUUAAGGAAGAUGAUACAAGAUCAAACUCUUUGAUUAUAGAAGAAUCUAAUACUGGGGUGAAUGAUGAAGACAGUAACAUAACAGGACAAAAAAAAUUAGACGAACAACAAAAGGAUGGCAAAACUUCAAAGUCUUCUGAAAAAUGUAUAGAUGGUAUUCCUGAUGAUAGUAAUUGUACUUUGAAUGCUAAUAAUAUUGAUGAAAAGAGAGUAAUGAAGACCUGGAAGAACGGGAUAUCAAACCUUUUAUUCAAAUUAAAUCGGCUUAAGGCAGAUGAUACAAGAAAGGAAAACCCUGAAAAUCAUUUAAAAGAAAAACAUACACAAGAAGUAUCUUCAGUCAGUUAUACUAAUGAGGUUGCUAAGAAUAUCAUAGAAAUGCAUGAAAAUAAUACGGAGGGAUUGGAAACAACUUCUUGGCGGAAUGUUACAGAGCAGUCAACUUCUUCAAAUACUAGUGACAGUGGCACAACUAAUUCAUGUAUUGAAUCAACUAAAGUCUCAGAUUUGACUCUGUCAUCUUAUGCAGAAAACAAUAUAGGCGAGAUCUCCGUCGACGAUUCUAAAAAUGAAAAAGAGGGCGACAAAAAUACUCAGGACAUUCAAAGUAUCAUCAAGUCUCGAUGGUCUAACAUAACCAAGGGCAAAACUAAUAUUGUAAGUGAAACAUCGAGUCCAAGUUCGUCCAGCGUUGAUUUGCAAAAUUUUGCACACAGUAUUGUGAAAGAAACUUUAGAAAAGAGGUAUUUUUAAUUCUUGUUUGAAAAGUAUGAGUGCAAAUGUGACUUUAAAACUAGAAUAGUGCUUGUUUUUUAAACAAAAUGAGUGAUUCAGUGCUACAUGUAGACCGAAAAGGAGACCUAAAAAGUGCUAUAUAAAGAACAAAUUUUCAAAGUUGGGCACAGGAUUACUCCAUAUUUAAUAAUUUGUAAGGAUUUACGUACAAUUAAU